CUCUGGAGAAGCCUGAACGCUGCGUGCGCCAUCACGUCUUCCAAAGACAGGCGACCACAAUAUAUUUUAUGGCGAAUACGCACACAAUACAUCUGGGUGUGUAGCCUAAACUGGAUUUAAUGAGGAAGGCGAGGAAUAUUGUGCUUCCUAGAGCGGAAAGAGUUGACUUGGAAAUUCUAGUGACCGAUUUACAAGGUUCGACAUGUGUACCCCGUGCUGUGUUUCUCAGCUGGCCUGCUGCUGCGGAACGGCCGGCUGCUCCCUGUGCUGCGACUUCUGCCCCAAGAUCAAGCAGUCCACCAGCACGCGCUUCAUGUACGCCCUCUUCUUCCUGCUGACCACCGCCGUCUGCGUCAUCAUGAUGUCACCCACGGUGGAGAGGGCCAUGCGCGAUCACAUUCCAUUCUACACAGAAAUGUGUGAUAAGCUGAAUGCCGGUGAGAACUGUGAGAAGUUGGUUGGGUACUCUGCAGUGUACAAAGUCUGUUUGGGUGCGGCCUGUUUCUUCUUCGUCUUCGCAGUCCUCACUUUAAGGCUGCGCACCAGCACUGGCUGCCGGGCAGCUGUCCAUAACGGCUUCUGGUUCUUCAAAUUCCUGGCUUUGAUUGGAUGCUGUUCUGGAGGAUUCUUUCUUCCUGAUCAGGACACCUUCCUUAAAGUGUGGCGUUAUGUGGGAGCAGCUGGAGGUUUUUUUUUCCUCAUUAUCCAGCUCAUGCUUUUAGUUGAUUUUGCACACAGAUGGAACCAAAACUGGACUGCGGGUGUGGAGUAUAACCGGCUGUGGUAUGCGGCCCUGGCCCUGGUCACCCUGCUGCUGCUCACUGUGGCUGUGGGAGCACUGGCCUUCAUGGCACUUUUCUACACCCACCCAAAGGCCUGCUACCUCAACAAGAUCUUCCUGGGAGUCAACGGAGGCCUCUGCCUGUUCACAUCCCUGCUGGCCAUCUCGCCCUGCAUCCAGAGACUGAAGCCUACCUCUGGUCUACUGCAGUCUGGUGUCAUCAGUGUGUACGUCAUGUACCUCACCUUCUCUGCUCUCUCAAGCAAGCCUGUUGAAACACUGUUAGAAGACGGUGUAAAUCGCACGGUGUGCACCUUCCCUUUCAACUCCGGCGCCCAGUCCGACAACAAGAUAGUGACGGGCGUGGGCACGGUCAUUCUGUUCGGCUGCGUACUGUACUCCUGUUUGAUGUCCACCACUAGAACCAGCUCUACGGCUCUGAGAGUGUUCAGGAGUGAGUGUCCUGAACAUGAGAGAGCUCGUUGCUGUUUCUGCUUUGGACAAGAUGAUGGUGAAUAUGAAGAGCAGGAGCAGUUGAAGAGAGGGGGACAGGCUGUUAUUUACGAUGAGAAGGAAGGGACCAUUUAUAGCUACUCCUUCUUUCACUUUGUCUUCUUCCUGGGGUCAUUAUACGUCAUGAUGACAGUCACCAACUGGUUCCAUUACGAUAAUGCCAAGAUUGAGAAACUUCUGGAGGGUAGCUGGUCAGUGUUCUGGAUCAAAAUGGCCUCCUGUUGGGUGUGCCUCCUGCUAUACAUUUGGACCCUGGUUGUUCCAAUACUCUGUCCCAGGAGGUUCGAUGGAGUAGAGGCCUAGAAAGCAGAGAACAUCCCAGAGGUGCUUAUGAACUAUUGGCUGUUUAGGGUCCUACUACUGCAGCUAGCAGUGAGUCCUACUAGAUCUUAUCUCUGCGGAGUCAUCAGUGUGGAAGCUAGCUUGAAUAUGACUGAAACAGCAGACAUCCCCAGCUUCUACUUUACAUACAAAUGAGUGUGACAGUGGUAAUUGUUCUUUUUAAUCUGCUCACUUAAGAAAGUCAAGUAUAUUGCUUUGUAGAUACAGCAGCACUUAAAUGACGUAACUUAAACAUGCACACUGCCCCCACCUGGCUUUUAAUAACAUUGCGUUUACUUUAGCGAAACAGUACAGCAGCUUCAAGUAGCACCUCCACUUUUACAAACGCAAGGAGCUUUGUAGACCAUAAUUCAGCCUGUAAUGUCAUUUAUUGUAAAAUGAUUCUAGAAUAGUAAUGCUCGCAGUUAUAAAAUACAUCUACAUAGAUUUACAGUUUUUCACAUUUUGUAAUGAGCCAAUAAAUGACUUGGCCUGGCUGGGCAGAGUUAAGGUGCUGUAAACUUUAGAAUCUUAUCACAUUUAAUGUUUCUGAACGACCAGAAAGGGGUGCUAUGUGUAUUCAGGAUUUGUUCUACGUGUUAGAGGUUGCUGAAGUAUAGUUAACCAGCUACAAACUCAAGCCCUUGCCUUUUGGAUUACUGAAGUGUCCUUCGAGUUUUGCAAAUUACAACUGCUUAUGUUUUGAAUUCCUUAAUAGUUUGUUUUAAGAAAUAACAUCCUUGUUUGUAUGAUGUAAGAGCCAAACCUGUGUGAACCUUUAUAAAGAAGUGAAUAACUUAUGAGCAACUCCAUUGCAAAUGUUUUAAUAGUUUUUUUUAUUUAAAAUUUCAAUAAAAAACAUUUUGAAGACAA